CAACUACGCAGCCCCGUUAAGGAGUUCGGCGCCCAUAGGGCUGGCUAUGGUGAAGAGCGGCUCAGAAACAGCACAGAGUCUGUGCUUCUGGUGCCGCCGACGCCUCCGCCGGCUCGCCGUCAACUCCCGUUGCCAUCCAGCCACCUUGGACCUCCUGUUCCUCCGGUGCACUCGAGCUUUAUUCGCGGGACCACGGCGUCUCUGGCCUCUGCGGGACCCGCUUGGGCGCAGCCAGCCCUGGCUACCGCGGUCGUCAUGAAUGACCAGGCCACCGGGCCUCGACUGAUGGCCCCCAAGCAAAAGCACUCCAAUCCCUCAGGUUUGUUCGAUCAGGCGGGCCCAACACCCACAGCCGGAUACCAACCCAGGCCGUCUCAACAAGACUACCACGCGCAGCAGACUUACCCUAAGCACCAUCAUCAACUCCAGCAGACGUAUGCCAGACAAGAACCACAGCACCAGAACCAGCACAACUCAUACAUUAGUAACCAUAAGUUACAGCAGCCGCCGCAGGAAACCUCAACUUCGCGAUUGCUUUGUCCAUUCAGAGCACCGGUUCCCCGAGAGCCAGAGUCGCCGAUUUCUCCAAUCCUCGCGCAAGAAGGGCAGAUGAAACAUCGACUUCAGAAAAGGCAAACAAAGUUGAUAUGCAAGUUGGAUGGAGGGAAUUCGUAG